AGCCCACACCGCCUACCCCUUGCUGUCCUCCAGCUCAGCAAAACUCUUCCUGCCUGGUGAUCUUGGCCACAUAAAUACUGCGUGCCUAGGGGCGACAUUCCAGCCCUGGUGACCUGGGGAGCCCUGAUCCUCACUGGCAGGUGUCCCGCCUCGCAGGGGGAUGUGCUCGCUGCCCAUACCCCUGGAGCCCCUGUGCCGUGUGGCUGUGACCGGGGGCACCCAUGGCAACGAGAUGUCUGGUGUCUACCUGGCCCGGCACUGGCUGCGGGCCCCAGGGGAGCUGCAGAGACCCAGCUUCUCUGCUGUACCCGUGCUGGCCAACCCAGCAGCCACCGCCGUCUGUCGCCGCCACAUAGGCCGUGACCUCAAUCGCACCUUCACCAACACCUUCCUUACUUCCAAGCCCACCCCAGAUGAACCCUACGAGGUCACAAGAGCCCGGGAGCUGAACCAGCUGCUGGGGCCCAAAAACUCCAGCCAGGCCUUCGACUUUCUCCUCGAUCUGCACAACACCACCGCCAACAUGGGCACCUGCUUCAUUUUGAACGUCACAGACAUCUUUGCCAUGCACCUGUGCCACCGCCUACAGCUGCAGCAUUCGGAGCCGCGCCCCCGGGUUGUGGUAUUCAAGUUGUCCCAGGAGGAAACAUUCAGCAUUGACUCAGUGGCCAAACACGGAAUGACCAUAGAGCUGGGCCCCCAGCCUCAGGGCGUGCUGCAGGCCAACCUUUUCUCCAGGAUGAGAUCCCUGGUGGCCUCUACUCUGGACCUCAUUGAGCUCUUCAACCAGGGCACAGCCUUUCCGGCCUUUGAGAUGGAAGUCUACAGAUUCCUGAGCUGCACGGACUUUCCACACACAGAGGACGGGGACCUGGCUGGCAUGGUGCAUCCCCAGCUCCAGGACCAGGACUUUGAGCCCCUGCAGCCUGGUGCACCCAUCUUCCAGAUGUUCAGUGGCGAGGAUGUGCUCUACGAGGGGGACUCCACUGUGUACCCCGUGUUCAUUAAUGAGGCUGCCUACUAUGAGAAGAACAUUGCCUUCAUGAAGACAGAGAAGGUCACGGUCUCAAUACCUGCCUUGCCUGUGCUGAGCCCAGCUCCGGCCCACUAAUUUAGUCACACUUGCCUGGCCUCAGCCUUCCCAUCUGAACAGUGGGUGCUGAGGUACAGGGCUAAGCCCAGGGACCUGUGCACCAUGCUCCUUGUCAGGUCACCCAAUGCCAGGUCUAUUUCCUGUUAUAAAAUGGAAGAUGUUCCGGG